GUGAACAUCGCCGCGCCCGACUUGGUACCGACCGCUUCCCCUCGCGCGGUUUGAUACCCCAACCAGAGAACCUGAGAGAGAGAACACGCGAUUCCGUAACAGCCAAAGUUGUCGUGAAAAGUUCAACUCAACUCUCCUACGCCUUCUUGAUAUAAUAGACGAUCCAGGUGUAUUCUUGUUCGCUCAUCUUCCUUUUAUCUUCUUCUCUUCAUCUUCUGUAUUUCCCCGUCUCAUUCAAUUCGCUCCACCCUCUUAAUACUUGUUUUUCUCCCAUUCUGACAUUUUUCGAUACUUCGUCUUUCGAACUUCAGCUGUACAAUAUCUGAGUGUUUUAACCACUAAAAUUAUCAUUAUGAAUUACCUGAGGUGCUGAUUAAGUGAUCAACUAGUCAACUCUAUUUGCCAAUACAUUUACAACAUUUCAACUUGUUCGGUUUUUAUUAUUUAUAUACAGUUCGUUUUUUAUGUACUGAUAUGGUUUUAUUGUGAUUAUUGUACGUGAGUUUUGAUGAAUUUUCAUUAUUUUCUCGUGAAUUGUUCAUUUUAUCAUUGACAAUUAUUAUUUGAAGUCACUGGUGAAGAUUUUGGAUUACUUGUCACCGACGAAGAGACUUUUUGACCGGUUUAUUUAACAAUUUUUGAGAGAGACAAGUCAAAACGUCAUCAACGAGAACGCCUCUUUGGGGAGGCGAAAACUUCCCAAUCGUGGUGGAUUGCAAUGUGGCCAAAUAGCCUCGGUGGUACUUCCGGUUGUGGCGGAGGUGCCGGGGCAACAGAUCUUGGUGGUCUUGCAGCAUCAACAACAUCAGCAAGCGAUUUAUUUGGACCUGCAGGAUUUGGAGCAACUGCAGCUGGCCCCUACGGUGCUUUAAAAUCAUCCCCAUACGUUGGUGCACUUGGUAUGCCACCCAUCGAAGCCCUUCACGGGACUAUCGGCUAUCCCGGUUGUUCUCCCGCCGGUGAGUCCUACUACUGUAAUCCAAGAAAACAGAGAAGAGAACGUACAACGUUUAGUCGAGCUCAGUUGGAUGUCUUAGAAAAUUUGUUUUCAAAAACAAGAUACCCUGAUAUAUUUAUGCGAGAAGAAGUAGCAGUGAAGAUCAAUUUACCUGAAUCAAGAGUACAGGUGUGGUUUAAAAAUCGUCGGGCAAAGUGUAGGCAACAGCAAAAGCAGCAACAACAACAAGAAAAAGCUCCUAGAUCAAAAAAACCAUCUGCAAAUCCAGUGAGCAGUUCACCAUCGGGCAAAAGCCCAUCGAUAGCAACCACUCCCACGCCAGCAGCUGCAGUUCCUGCAACGACACCACUAAGUGGAGGAACAAGUGGUUCAGCAGCAAGUUCUCCCGCACUUCUCAGAGAUUCUCCUCAAUACAAGCCUGCAGGUGGCGCCACUGGCUUGCUAUUCGCUGCGAGUACAACGCCACCUAGUUUGGGUGGAACAGUAUACAGCAGCGGGGGUAGCAGCAGUAGCAUUUGGAGUCCAGCAAUCACGGAAAGCAGCGGAAGUUUCCCUGGGGACCAUCAAAGACUCGCAUGGACUACUACAGCUUCUCAACAACAAUGCUACCAAAAUUACUCAUCUUAUUAUUCAAAUAUGGAUUAUCUCUCACCAGCAUCCCAUCAAUUGAAUGUAGUGGAUAGUGGAGCCGGGAGUUUAGACAAUACGUGGAGUAAAACAAGAGAUGAAAAUGCAUCAUCUUGGUUCUAUAAUAGUGCAGGUUGGGGUGAACGCAAAUAAAAUUUUUAUUACACUUAAAAUUAUAAAAAUAAAUUACGACUAUCGUCGUACAUAUCAACUAUUUUAAAUAAAUUCAAAUAAAAUAACUAGUCAGAAAUAUUUAAUAAUUCGAUUUAAAGAAAAGAGUGUUCAGAGUGCAAUGUUUUGAAUUCGUCUGAAUUUACAAAUUAGCAAGAGAAGAUAACUUAUCAUUCAACAAUUGAUCAGUUCAAUGUGCGAAAGCUUAAAGGACAUUUUCGUUUCAACGAUAACGUUGAGAAGAAGUACCUAGCAUAUCAAAUUUUAUGAUGUAAAUUACAAUGGAAGCGAAAUUCCCAAGAGCUGUAAGAGCAUUCUCGAGUCAUCCAUAAAUUCAAAAUAUAGUACAUAUCAUCAACAAUAGCAACAACUAUAUAUGAAUUUAUAAUGCUUCGCAGACAAGUCUUGAAUAUAGAACCAAAAUAACAAUGUGAAGGAAUAUUGUUGAUUGUGACAUAUCUAUAGUGACAAGAAAAAUACCAUGAUAACAUUUUGAAGAAAAUUUUAGUUCUAAUUUGCCAUUAAAUAAAUAAAACCAGUUAUAUAAAUAAUGUUAUUGAGUCUACUACUUUUUAAAAUCUGAUGAAAUUGUCUAUACGUGUGAAUGCGUAAAAAUUAACAAGUAAUCAAACUACGAAAAUAGAAAAUACAUUAUUAUAUGGUAAUCCAAUAUACUUAUAUAUAGUGUAAAUACUAUACAUAAUGAAAAAAACUUGAUAGUGAUUAAAUUAUUAAAUAGAUAGUUGUAAUUUUUAUGAAAUGCUAAAAUCGAUUAUCUGCCUACUAUCUGAAAGUAACAUAAAUAUUAUA